AUGUCCUACUGCCCCUCCCACUGUCUCCCAGCCGAUGCCUUCGUGCGGGCGAACGCCUGCAGCAAACUGGCCGUGAUCGCCGAGCAGAUCCGGCACCUGCAGGAGCAGGCGCGGAAGGUCUUGGAUGAAGCUAACAGAGAUGCUGAUCUGAACCACGUGGCCUGCAACCUUGUGAAGAAGCCAGGAAACAUUUACUACAUGUACAGGAGGGAGAGUGGGCAGCGAUACUUCUCCAUCCUGUCUCCUAAGGAAUGGGGAACCACUCCCCACGAAUUUCUCGGUGCCUAUAAGCUCCAGCAUGACAUGUCCUGGACUCCAUUUGAGGACAUGGAGAGACGAGAUGCAGAAACAGCCAUCCUGGAGAAGCUGCUGAGCCGGCAGGCAGCACUGCCCCCCUGCACAGAGCCCAACUUCCAGGGCCUGACCAAGUCACAGGAGUGACCACACAGGACCCCCUGAGCAGAGUCCCUGGGUGAGGGGACACGGGGCCUGGGUGCUGCCAAAGGCAGGGCAAGGAAAGAGCCCAAGAAACAAAAAUGCUGAUUGCUCUGUGCUUUAAGGACACUAAUUAUGUAUUCAAUCCUACUGGAUUUUCUGGUAAUUGAGUAAUUUAUUAUGUUGACCUGUGCCCAGCUGUACUGGGAGGCAGGUGGUACCAGCUGGUGUGAGUUCCAGAGGGCUUGGAACGUCCUACCUGCCUGGCUCUGGUGUACCUCACUGUGGCAGGUAAUGAUUUCAGGGCUGGAUUUUGCCCCUUGUUAAAAUGCACAUGUUUAUGGAACUGUGUGGCCCAGGAAGAGGCAUCAAAACCCCAUGCAAAGGGUCUGCUGUGAUGAGAAUCUGCUGGUCUGAACCCCUGAGCUGGGAACAUGGGGGACCUGGAGCUCUGUUUUCUGGGAAGCGUGUCCUCAAAAGUGCCAUUCAGGCCUCAGGUGCUCUUCAGACAAUGUGUGUUUCACAGUCCUUGUGCAUUCCCCUUGGAUUUGAGUGCAUGAGCUGCCAGGUGGAGACAAGGCUCUGGAUGCCUCUGUGCCAGAGCGGUGGGGAAAGUAAAAUAAACCAGUCUUGGUCUCAGAUGUACCUUUGAGACAGGCCCUGUGUUCCUCCUGUGUGGCAAGUAUCCCUUUGGCUUUAUCAGGGAGACUUGGUGGCACGUGGAGCUGAUGGGACAUCUCCAGCCUCUCGUCCUUGUGCCCACACCUUGGGAGAUGCUUGAGGCUGCUGGCAGUGACAAUUCCUUAUGGGAAGAGCUGUUCCCUGUGGGACCACAUAGAAGUGGGGAAGUUUGAGGCAGCUCCCUGGCAGCCCAGCAUUUUUUUUUCCCCCCCCAGGUUGUUUUUCUCCCAGCUCUGCCCAGUGCAGUAGCUCACCCACAUGCCAGCAUGGCUGAGCCUUUGGUUGACAGAAACCUGCUCCUCAGAGUCAAUUUUUCCCAGUGCCCUUCCUCACUUGAAGCACAAGCCAGAUUAACAGCAAUUAUUCUAUUAUUAUUAUUAUUAUUCCAAGGUAUAAUUAAUUCCUCAUCAAGUCA